GUUCCUGCAAUGGUGGCAUUUCACACACUUUACCGAGCCCCUGAAGGAAACUGCCUCCGUGUCCUCCAACAUGGCGACCCCGGAGCGCGGCCGCUGCGCUUUCUUUGUGCAGAAGAAGAAGCGUUUCUGCAAGAUGGUGGCGGGAAAGGGCAAGAAGUACUGCGGCGAGCACGCGACCAUGGAGGAGGACGGGGGUGGCAGCAGGAGGAUCGUCUGUCCUCUGGACCCCAAACACACUGUGACUGAAGACAGACUCCAGAAACACCUGAAGAAGUGCAACUCCAGAGAGAAACCCAAGCCGGUUUACUUUGUGGAGAACAUCAACGCUGGAUCAGCCGAUGGACACGAGAUGCUUAAACAGGUGAGUUUGUCUGAGCGCAGCAGGACUGAGUUGGAGUCUCUACUGGACAAACUGAAGACAGCCAUCAAAGGACUGCAGUGUGACAUAGAGGACAGCGUUCUGUCUCAUCCUGCCCUCCAGGACGAGCUCAACAACCCAAAGAAUGGAGGCUCCGCCCACAAACACCUGAAGCAGCAGUCCUCCAUCUUAGGUCACCUGGAGGAGCUGGGGCUGCUGGGAAGGGGGCGGUGCUUUGUGGAGUUUGGAGCGGGUCGAGGUAAGCUGUCCCACUGGAUCCACGAGGCCCUGAAGACCUGCGAGGACCUGAAGAGGAACGAGGACCUGCAGCUACUGCUGGUGGAGCGCUGCAGCACCCGGUUCAAGGUGGACGGGAAACAUCAGGAUGUCGGAGUUCAGUUUGAGAGGCUGCAGGUGGACAUUCAGCAUCUGGAUCUGAGUAAAGUCCCUCUGCUCCAGGAGAAGAAGCUCCCGCUGGUCGGAGUUGGGAAGCAUCUGUGUGGAGCAGCAACAGAUCUGGCGCUGCGCUGUUUGUUGGAAACCCCAGGACUCACAGAGGAGGAUGAACCACCCCACAAAUGCUUCAGACCAUCAGAACCAUCUGAGCCGAGGCCAGGAGAUGAUCUGGAAUCAGCACCAGCGAGCUCGCGCUCUGACGCCGGUCCCGGCCCGGUGCUGGGCCUGGCGGUGGCGCUGUGCUGCCACCAUCGUUGUGAGUGGCGUCACUACACUGGGAAGCAGUUCUUCCUGCAGAGAGGACUCGGAGCGCCGGAGUUCUCUGCUUUCUGUCGGAUGUCCAGCUGGGCCACAUGUGGACUCAGACCAACCAAUCAGGACUGCCCACAGCAGGAUUCGACCAAUCAGAGAGGAGACGGUGAAGAGCACGAACCAGCAGAGGAGGACGACGCCAUGAACGGGUUUCUGUCGGCGGCUGAGCGUGAACAGGUCGGCCAUCUCUGCAAACAGCUGAUUGACAGCGGCAGAUGUCACUUCCUGAAGAUGAAAGGAUACAGCAGCAAACUGACUCGCUACAUCGGCAGUGAUGUCACGCUGGAGAACAUCCUGCUGACCGCCGUACCCCUCACCCCCCCUCCUCUUCCUGAUUGAUUGAUUAUUGCUGAUUGACUGUAACCUGCAGCUUUGAGUUUCUAAGCAACAGACUGAAAGUGUUGGGGUAUUUUAUGUUUGUAUUAAAGUGUUUUCAC